AUGAAUGCAGCAGAGUUUCGACGUCGAGGAAAGGAGAUGGUCGACUUUGUAGCUGACUAUUUAGAGAAUCUGGAGCAGCGACCAGUCUAUCCAGAUGUCGAACCAGGUUAUCUUAGAUCCUUAAUCCCGACUGAAGCACCCCUGGAACCAGAGACCUACGACGACAUCAUGAAGGAUGUGGAGCGAGUUAUAAUGCCUGGGAUCACCCACUGGCAGAGUCCAUACUUCUAUGCUUACUUCCCUGCAGCCUCCUCCUAUCCUGCCAUGUUGGCAGAUAUGCUGUGUGGGGCCAUUGGGUGUAUUGGAUUUUCUUGGGCUGCCAGUCCAGCUUGCACAGAGCUGGAGACAGUGAUGCUAGACUGGUUAGGGAGGAUGCUGCAGCUGCCAGAGUGUUUUAUAGCUGGAACUCAUGGUCAUGGUGGAGGAGUCAUCCAGGGCACAGCCAGCGAGGCGACCCUCAUGUCAUUGCUGGCUGCCCGUUGUAAAGCUAUCCGUCGAGUCCAGUCUAUCAACCCGGAAAAGUCUGAACCCGAGAUCGUCAAGAGUUUGGUGGCAUACACGUCAGAGCAAUCUCAUUCAUCUGUGGAGCGGGCAGGUCUGAUUGGAGGCGUGAUGAUGAAGAAAGUCCCGACAGACAGCACUUAUGCUGUCUCAGGUGAUGCACUGAAGAAGAUGGUGGAAAAGGACAAAGAGGCAGGACUCAUCCCAUUCUAUUUCUGCGCAACUCUUGGCACCACUUCGUCAUGUGCGUUUGAUCAUAUCGCUGAGCUGGGACCUAUAUGUAAUAAGGAAAACAUGUGGAUGCAUGUUGAUGCUGCAUAUGCGGGAAGUGCAUUUGUCUGUCCGGAAUUUCGGCCUUUGUUGAAUGGCGUAGAGUUUGCUGACUCUUUCAAUAUGAACGCACACAAAUGGCUUCUGGUCAACUUUGACUGCUCUACCAUGUGGGUCAAGAAGAGGCAAGACCUUAUUGGUGCCUUCAAAGUGGAUCCACUAUAUCUGAGACAUGAGAAUCAGGAGUCAGGGCUAGUGACAGAUUAUAGGCAUUGGCAGAUUCCACUGGGCAGACGAUUCCGCUCUCUCAAAAUGUGGUUUGUUUUCCGCAUGUAUGGCCUCCAAGGAUUGCAGGCUCAUAUACGCAAGCAUGUGAGCCUGGCCAAGGAGUUUGAGUGUCUAGUACGAGCAGACAAGAGAUUUGAGAUCUGUGCUGAGGUCAUCAUGGGUCUGGUUUGCUUCAGGCUCAAGGGCUCCAAUGAGUUGAACCAGAAUCUGUUGAAAAUGAUCACAAAGAGCAGAGAGAUCCACUUGGUGCCUUGCCAUCUGACUGGACGCUUCGUCCUGCGAUUUGCCAUCUGCUCGCGCACCACUGAGUCUCAUCACAUCCAGCAAGCAUGGAGGCACAUCACACAGUUGACCUUUGAACUCCUACAGGAUUCGGUCCAAUGA